ACAACGAAAUUUUUGUAGGAAGAAAGAAGAGGAAAAAAAGAAAGAGAGAAAUUGCGAUGGGUGAAGAAACUGAGUGUUGCAGAACAACAGGACCAGGAUAUGAAACUCCACUGAAAGCCAUGUCUGGUCCUAAAGAAGCUCUUCUUUAUGUUACUUGUGUUUAUACUGGAACAGGAAGAGAGAAGCCUGAUUUCUUGGCAACGGUUGAUGUAGAUCCGAACUCACCAACUUAUUCUAAAGUCAUCCACAGGCUAUCUAUGCCGUAUGUAGGUGAUGAACUACAUCACUCUGGGUGGAAUGCUUGCAGCUCUUGCCAUGGUGAUCCGUCGGCCGAUCGACGUUUUCUGAUCCUUCCUUCAUUGGUAUCGGGUCGUGUCUAUGUGAUUGACACACAAAAGAAUCCCAAGGCUCCGUCGUUGCAUAAAGUGGUGCAGCCGGAGGAUAUCGUUAAGAACACCGGUCUAGCGUAUCCGCACACGUCUCACUGCCUUGCUUCCGGAGAUAUAAUGAUUUCGUGUCUCGGAGAUAAAGAUGGGAAUGCCAAAGGGAACGGAUUUCUUCUCCUUGAUUCCGAAUUCAACGUUAAAGGGAGGUGGGAGAAACCGGGGCAUAGUCCUAUGUUCGGCUACGAUUUUUGGUACCAACCUCGACAUAAAACAAUGAUCAGCUCAUCAUGGGGUGCUCCUGUUGCCUUCACCAAAGGUUUCGAUCUUCAGCAUGUCACGGAUGGUCUGUAUGGGAGACAUCUGUAUGUGUAUAGUUGGCCUGACGGUGAACUUAAACAAACAUUGGAUCUCGGUGACACCGGUCUCAUACCCUUAGAGACAAGAUUCCUGCAUGAUCCAUCUAAAGAUACAGGGUACGUUGGGUGCGCCUUAACAAGUAACAUGGUUCGGUUUUUCAAAACCAAAGACGGAUCAUGGAGUCAUGAGGUGGCAAUCUCAGUGAAACCAUUGAAGGUGCAAAACUGGAUUCUUCCCGAAAUGCCCGGACUUAUAACUGACUUCCUAAUCUCUCUCGAUGAUCGUUUUCUGUAUUUCGCCAACUGGCUGCACGGAGAUGUCCGACAAUACAACAUUGAGGACCCCAAAAACCCGGUCUUGGUCGGCCAAGUAUGGGUUGGAGGAUUGAUCCAAAAGGGAAGCCCUGUAGUGGCUAUGACAGAAGAUGGUAAAACAUGGCAAUCCGAUGUUCCGGAAAUCCAGGGACAUCGCCUAAGAGGAGGACCGCAGAUGAUCCAAUUGAGCCUAGACGGUAAACGAUUAUAUGUGACGAACUCUCUAUUCAGCUCAUGGGAUCGACAAUUCUAUCCAGAACUCGUGGAGAAAGGUUCCCACAUGUUGCAGAUCGAUGUCAACACCGAGGAAGGCGGUCUUAAAACAAACCCAAACUUCUUUGUCGAUUUUGGAGCCGAACCUGAUGGACCUUCCCUGGCUCAUGAGAUGAGAUAUCCAGGUGGUGACUGCACUUCAGAUAUAUGGACUUAAACAUCUCAAAAACCAGUUUCAGCCAUGAAGAAAAUCAUCCUUUUAAUUUUGUAGGACUAAAAUAAAAAUCAGUGCAAUCUGUAUGUGAGUCAAUUUGAUAGAUAAUGUAAUGUUAAGGGGUUAAUUUAGCAAUAUAUCUUAAAUUUAAUCGACUUCCUGUUAAA